AUGGAAAACUUUCAACAGUUGGAAAUCUUGGAAACAGGUUCUCUCAUGUGUCUGGAAUGCUUGGGAUUACCGAACGCCCUUGAGACUGUCCCUAUGAUGGAAAACUUUCAACAGUUGGAAAUCUUGGAAACAGCACUUAAAAAAUCUAGAAGUAUAUCGGAAGAAUUAGCAUCCUUUGUCAAUUUGAAAAACAUUCGUACCUUACUGAUGGUAACUGAAGCGUUUUGGCAUUUGUGUCAACCUGUAAAUGAUGAAGAAUUGUGGAAAACGAAGCGUCGUCUGACUUACCCUGCCAUCUACUCUUUGAUUGAUGCCACCAAGGAUCGACAUCGCUUUUGUGCCCUGCAAUUUGAAUGA